CUCGCCCUGCCUUCGCUUCUUUACGGCCCCCUCCCUCUGGUUUUGCGGCAGUGUCGCGCGCCCUCUUCUUGGAGACGGGCGGAGAGCGAAAGACAGCGAGCGAGCGAGGGAGGUCACUUAGAGAACGGAGGCCGGGGCCUGGCUUGGGCCUAGUCCUGUGAGGAGAGCCAUGUGGCGGGCGCUGGCGAGGCGCGUGGCCCGGCAGUGCGCGGCCCCCAGGCGGGCCGGGGCGGGGGCGAGCGCGGGGGCCAGGCCGCGGGGGCGCGCCUUCGCCCACCACAAGGCCGCCGCCGCCGCUUCCUCCCCCGCCUUCCCGCCCCCUCCGUGGGGCCCGAGGGCGCCGCUGCUGCUGCCUCAGACGGGAGCCGGGAAAGCCGGGCCUCAGGCCGCCCCCGCCCGGCCCUGGAGCAGCCACCCGCCCCACCAGAAGGUGCCUUUGCCCGCUCUCUCGCCCACGAUGCAGAUGGGGACCAUUGCUCGGUGGGAGAAGAAGGAAGGCGACAAGAUCAGCGAAGGGGACCUCAUCGCAGAGGUGGAGACAGACAAAGCAACCGUAGGGUUCGAGAGCCUCGAAGAAUGUUACCUGGCUAAGAUCCUGGUGCCGGAAGGUACGCGGGACGUCCCCAUAGGAGCCAUCAUAUGCAUCACUGUAGACAAGCCUGAGCUUGUCGAUGCCUUUAAGAAUUCCACUUUGGAUGCUGCAGCCACUGCUCCUCCAGCCUCAGUGCCUCCUCCACCUCCUCCUUCAGCGGCAGCGCCAUCCGCACCCGCAUCUCAACCCUCCGCUCGGGCUCCAGGGAGCUCCUACCCUCCCCACAUGCAGAUUGCUCUCCCUGCCCUUUCCCCGACAAUGACGAUGGGCACCGUUCAGAGAUGGGAAAAGAAAUUGGGUGAAAAGCUGAGCGAAGGAGACCUCUUGGCAGAAAUCGAGACGGACAAAGCGACGAUAGGCUUUGAAGUACAAGAAGAAGGCUAUUUGGCGAAAAUCCUAGUGGAAGAAGGCACAAGGGAUGUGCCUUUGGGAACCCCGUUGUGCAUCAUCGUGGAGAGGGAGUCGGACAUCGCUGCCUUUGCAGACUACAAAGAUGCCGGAGUGGCCGAGAUCAAACCUCCACCGCCACCCGCUUCGCCCGCUCCUGCGGCAGGUGCAGUUGCUCCUCCGCUGCCGCAGCCUGCAGCCAAGGGACCUGUGCAUAAAGGGAGAGUGGUAGCCAGCCCCUUGGCAAAGAAACUGGCCGCAGAGAAGGGAAUUGAUCUUUCGCAGGUGAAAGGUACGGGACCAGAUGGAAGGAUAACUAAGAAGGACAUCGAGUCAUUUGUGCCAUCAAAGGUAGCCCCGGCCCGGGCAGCAGAGCCCACUCCUAUGGCAGUGCCAGCAGCAAUGCCGGCUGCAGCCGCCCCGCCAGGAGUUUUUACAGAUAUUCCCAUCAGCAAUAUUCGCAAGGUCAUUGCCCAGCGACUGAUGCAAUCCAAGCAAACGAUACCUCACUAUUACCUCUCCAUCGAUGUCAACAUGGGAGAUAUAUUGGUGCUAAGAAAAGAACUCAACCAGGAGAUGCCCCAGAACACGAAGCUCUCCGUCAACGACUUCAUCAUCAAGGCUUCGGCCCUGGCGUGCAUGAAGGUGCCAGAGGCCAACUCCUCCUGGCUGGACACCGUCAUUCGGCAGAACCAUGUUGUUGACGUCAGCGUCGCGGUCAGCACCCCGGCCGGACUUAUCACCCCCAUUGUAUUUAAUGCGCACGCCAAGGGCCUGGCUUCCAUCAACCAAGAUGUCGUGACAUUGGCAGCCAGGGCUCGGGAAGGCAAGCUCAAGCCCCACGAAUUUCAGGGAGGAACUUUCACGGUCUCAAACUUAGGAAUGUACGGCAUUAAGAACUUCUCCGCCAUCAUCAACCCGCCCCAGGCUUGCAUUUUGGCCGUGGGGGGCUCUGAGCAGAGGCUGGUCCCAGCAGACAAUGAAAAGGGGUUUGCCACGUCCAGCGUGAUGUCGGUGACGCUGAGCUGCGACCACCGUGUGGUGGACGGAGCGGUGGGCGCCCAGUGGCUGGCCGAGUUCAAGAAGUUCCUGGAGAAGCCCUCCACCAUGCUGCUAUAAUCCUCCCUCCCCAGGCCACUGGGGCUUCCUUGGGUCGCAUCACUUCAUUCUAAAAGACGCUAUUUAUAUAUAUAUAUAUAUUUAGGGUUUAGACUUUUAAACAAAUGUUCCUUUCUUUAUUUUUAAAAAAAUACCUAUAUCUAAAUAUAUAUAUAUUUGUGUGUCUGUGUGUAUAUAUAUUUAUGCACACACAUACACAAAGAUGCUGGUAAUUUUUAUUGCCGGUUGUACAGGUUUAAAUGGUUUGCAAAAGGCUUCCUGGAGCCAAGUGACAACUUUAUUGUGUUCUCUCCAGUUUGCAAACUUUCCCCUUCUAAAUAGGCCAAAGCGUUUGAAAUCAUGUGGAGAGGAACUCGUGCUUCCUUCCGGUCAAAGGAACAGAGCCCCACCCGGCAACUGAACGCUGCCUGUCAUCUCAAAAAAAGUCUUAUAAAAGCAGAGAAAAUAAGUCAGAUUUCUAGCACAACAAGCUUGUACAUUCUGUUCUCCUGUCCUUUCGAUUGACAAGUGUCACAAAGAGUGGGCUAAAACAAGCCUCCACAUUCCAGCUUGUUUUGUGAAGCCAGCAGCUUUUCAUAGCCUCGGAAACCCUUUUUAAUAGCACUUUACUGUCAUCGGGAAGGUUGUGGCAGAAACUAUAUUUGAAACAUUGCUGACAAUAUCCCCUCCCUCCAUUUAGUGAAUGUCCGUAACAGCCAUGAAACUUUAAUUUUUGAGAUGAUGUUUCGUCUCCAGUCAGUGCUGCUUAACUCCAAGUAGAUGUCUGUCUUUGGAAGAGUGGCAAAGUUCAGUCGAAAUUAAAAUAUAUCGAAACCCGAUAGUCUUGAGGUGCUGAGUUGCUCUUUAUUUCCCAUUAAAAUGAAUGAGACGAGUUAGUUGUGACUGUUUAUAAAGUCCUCUUCAUUUCAGGUGCAAGUAUAAACUUUUCUUGGCACGAGGGCCAUUGUUGUCUUCCCUGCCCCAGCCUUUGCGGAAAUACCAGUUUCUUGGGGAACGCUGUAAAUAUUGUACAAAACGUUCAGUGGCUCAAAGUGGGUUUUGUUUGCAAUUGUCACCCGGAUGCAUUUGCGAUGGCAUCCACGAUGGGAAAGGAAUGCCUUCGUGGAAAACACUCCCCCAUGUUUUGCUGUCCAAUUUGGAAAAGAAAAGAAAAGAACGGAGAAUCAUGGAAUUGCUAAGUGACAGCGAGAUAAAUAAAUAUGCCCCAAAUAAUUCUGUACCGUAUGCAUUACAUUCAGUAUUGUCUCUUUGUAAAGUUGUGCUACCCGAUAACACUAAAAGGUGAUAUUCAAGAUUAUACUGUGGACAUUUAAGUAUUUUCUCUUCCUAACGGAUGCGUUCCUGGUUUGGUUGGCAUUAGGCUUCCAUUUUGCCAUCUUUGGCAAGGAACAAGUUGCACUUCAAAUGUCCUGGAGAGGCCAGGAAUGUUCCAUUAAAUGUAUGAAACGAA